ACUUUUAUUAAAGCUUUCAUUUAACACUUAGAGCCUUUGAUACGGGAAGCUGCAUAUUUUAUUUUGGAUUAACAUGUAGUAUAUGAAUAUAAAAGGACAUAUGUAUGUGUUUAUGUUAUGUAAACACAAGCAUAUGUAUUAAUUUGCUAUUUAAUCAAUGAAGGGAAUAGAUUAUUUAAAUUUAUUUAAGGUUUCUUAUUGCAAUGAAACUACACAAGAGUGGCAACUUAGAGUAAAAUGAAUUUGUGACUCUCAAACUGAAUUUGAUAUGUUUCUUUAUCUAAUAUGGAUAUGUUGCUGUUUGAUAGAUGAAAACCAUAUUACAGGGGAAAAAGAAGGGCCAGAAGAGUGGACGUAAUAAAAAAGCUAACAAGAGUAAAAAUAAUCAGAGAAAAAAUACCAAGAAACCAAAUGUUCCUCAUACUGGAAAUGAUUUGUCUGCAAAAAUUUAUUCUACUAUGGAGAAACAUAAAGAGGUAUUUUUUGUGAUUAGGCUGCAUUCUGCUCAAGCAGCAGCCAGCCUUCCUCCCAUUCAAGACCUAGAUCCUUUUAUUAAUUGUGAUCUUAUGGAUGGAAGAGAUGCCUUUCUUACUCUAGCGAGAGACAAACAUUAUGAAUUUUCCUCUUUAAGACGUACAAAAUAUUCUACAAUGGCAAUGCUUUAUGAACUACAUAAUCAGGGUCAGGACAGAUUUGUGUAUACCUGCAAUACUUGCAAAACUCAUGUGGAAACUAGAUAUCAUUGUACUGUUUGUGAUGUGAGUAUUGUUUUAAUUUUUAAUGACUACCUUAAGACAGUUAUUCAGUUAAAUAUUUUAAAAAUGAAUAUAUUUUAUUAAAUUUUUAUUGUGAAU